CUUCGCCUUACCACUAAGCGUUAACAGGAGAGUUCGAAUGUAAACUAUUGCGUAGUCACUAGUCAGUGUUAAUAUGUUAACGUUUACAGCUAGAUUUUGCAAUGAUAUUGCCUUUUAAUUUAUAAACGUUCCAGGCUUUUCUGUGAACAGAUGAACAUUAUAUAUGCGCCAAACAGUGAAUUUCUUUACGAUCGAUGCAAUAAUACGUGUAAGCUUGGAACACUUAACAUACGGAGGCGUAUCUUUGCAACUGCGUCUUUUAUUUCUAAGUUGCAUCUCGACACCUAGGUAUAUCAUGAAUGCCGAUUAUAAUCGCAUAUAAAAUCUGUUUCCAGCAUUGACUAAAUCGGAAAAACAGACAAAUCAAAAAUGGUACCACAAGAAAAAGAAAAAAUAUAGAAUUGUGGGACCUUCAAAUCGUCAGCAUUUGGUUACAAUGGCGCAUGAUGAUGUACCGCAUACAGUAUCAGCGAAAGACGAGACCAUGCCGCCCAAAUCACAGAACUCAUUAAAAGACGCAUCGAAAGAUUACGAAAGAACCGAUAGUGUUAGCUCUAAGAGUAGUAUAGGAAGUGGUCUCCCGAUUCCUCCAGAUGGCGGAUGGGGUUGGGUGGUCUGUUUUGGCUCAUUCCUGGCCAUGUUAAUUCUCGAUGGCUUGCUGUUCUCGUUCGGAGUGUUCUUCAUGGAGCUGUUAAUGUACUUCAAGGAGGGCACCGGGAAGACAGCACUAGUGGGCUCUAUGAUACAAGGAAUGCACCUUAUAGCAGAUAUUCCCCCAGGACAAUGUUGUAUUCGUCUAUGUCAAUGGUUAACUCAAUUAUACAGAACAGAACCAUAAUACGACUGGCCAACGACCAUUAUCGGUCCUCUGGUAAGCGGAUUGGUAAAUAAGUAUGGUAUUCGACGUGUUACCAUAGCAGGUGGUCUGGUGACGUCAGCCAGUUUGCUAAGCAGUUCAUUCGCCCCUUCAGUUGACUUCCUCAUAAUAUCAUAUGGGGUCAUUGGAGGCCUGGGGAUUAGUAUGAUCUACCUUCCAGCCGUACUUGCUGUUGGCUUCUACUUUGAGAAGAAGCGAGCUCUGGCAAACGGUAUUGCGAGUAGCGGAUCUGGAAUAGGAACAUUUGUCUUUAGUCCCCUGAUAGAAGGGCUAAUAAACUCGUAUACGUGGAGAGGGACGAUGUUGAUAUUAUCCGCUGUUGUUAUGAAUACGCUGCUAUGUGGGGCAGUAUUCCGCCCAAUUGAACCCAUUAGGUCGAAAAGAAAGGCUGACAAGACAGAUGAUCUGAUCGAUGAUGAGAAGAGGGUUUCUCUUAUUGAAAAUGAACAGCCAAUUGAACCACUUCCAGAUUUGCUUCAAAGUGUACCAAAACGUCAAUUGAACAUGGCUGUGUUUCCGGCUAUACAAAAACAAUUGAAUGAAAACAAAACUACACAUGAAUCUCACCUCAACGUAGAUAUAAAGUCGCCAUUGUAUGUCCAUUCAUUGUCAACCAUACCACAGAAUAACCACACGGGCUUUGGAAAUCUCUUAAAAUCGACUCUUUUAAAACAACAGUUCGGCAGCCAAGAUAAAACAAACGUGUACAGAUCACUAGAAAACGGCCUCCACAACGUGAAGCAGUAUCGCCAGCCAAAGGCCUCAGAACACCAUGACGUUAAAACAAACAAACCAGAUGACGACAUCCUCCAGAAUCCCCUGUACAGGAAGGACGUAUUUUACAGCGGAAGUCUUACCCACCUUCCGGAGUACGUCAACAGUCCAAGCAGUAAAUCUUAUAUUAAGAGCAUGCUAAGUCUACCGACCAGUGAUAGCGGCGACAGUACAGAGAGCAUCAGAUCAAAGUUCUGGCGAAAAAUGAAACGAAUCUUCCAUCAGCCUCUACUGAGGGACCCGCUGUUUGUCAUGUAUAUGCUUCCCUGCGUACUCUGGACAAGUCAUUCAACAAUCAUCACAUAUAUUCCCGACUAUGCCUUGUCAUCUGGUAUGUCGAAGUCCCAGGCAGCCAUGUUGAUAUCUGUGAUCGGUAUCACAAACACUGUUGGAAGGAUAUUCAUUGGAUGGUUCGCAGAUAGGGACUACGUAAACUGUAUUAUUCUCAACGCACUGGCUCUUUUAAUUGCUGGAUCUGCUACUAUGGUGCUGCCGUUCCUUCCAAGCUAUUGGUACAUGUUGACGUAUGCCAGCAUAUUUGGCCUAUGCAUGUCAACCUGGGUGUCCUUAAGGCCUAUAAUACUGGUUGAAUUACUAGGCAUUGAACAAUUAACAAGUGCUUUUGGUCUACUGGCCAUGUUCCAGGGGAUUGCUUUCUCAAUAGGCCCACCCAUAGCAGGUAUAAUGUACGACAUAGGCCAAUCCUACACCUCCCCGUUGGUGGCUUCAGGAAUUAUGUUUGCAUCUGCUGGUAUUUUGAGUGUACUUUUGAAACCAAUACUUAGUCGUAGAAAUAAACUUCGCCAUUCAUGGACGUCUGAGUCGCUCAACUCUUCUUUGUUUGAUAUUCCCGCAAAAGAAGCAUUGCUCGUUGACCAAGACGAGAUUUGGAAACACGACGAGAAUUUGGAACAAAACGAGAUUCUGAAACAAGACGAGAUCUCGAAAAAGGACGUGAUCUCAAAACAAGACGAUGUUUGGAAACAAGCUGAAAUAUGGAUAAAACGAAAAGACAUUCCAUAAUUGCAUAUCAUUAUCAUUCAUUUUUAUAAAUAGAAGAAGCAUAGAUGCGCUCAAUAUAUUUUAUAUUUUAUGUUUAUGAAAUCAUAUUUAGCAAUCAGUACAAGAAUAGAAUAUUUAAAACAUAUAGUUACCCAUUAAAA